AGAAAUUCUGAUCAGUCAUUAAACGGGUUGACCCGAACCAACCUCUGCAGCUCUAGUACGAAGUACCAGUAAUAUAUAAAGAUAAAUUUAUGCUACUCGUCCCUGAAGAAGCACGAAAACACUGGGGAAGUUUGCGGCUCAAAGACGCUGCUCAGUGCUCACCAUAGCUGAGUACCUCUACUGGUUACAACUUGCGUGUGACCUAAUAUGGAAAGACAACGGUUUAGCAGAAAGACAGGUAUAAAGAGACGAAACAAUCAAGAAUCGUUUAGGAAGAACAAACGCCGUGGUAGAGAUGUGAAGAUUGAAGAAAACCAGUUGUCUUGUGAUUCAGAUUCACCCAAUGAGAAGUUAGAGGAAGAAUCUGUAGUCAUACAUGAAGAAGAAGAAGAAGAGAUGUGUUAUAGAGAGCCCACAAUGUAUGAGAACUUGUUACGCUCAUUGAGUAGGCAAAAAGUAGUGGUUACUACUGAUUCAGAAGAAGAUUCAGAUGAUGCUCAUGAACCACAUGAUGGAAAUGAAGAGAGCGGAGAAGAAAGUGAUGAUGGGUCUUCAAUACUUGGUGAUCUGGGAGAUGGCCACAAAGAAUCUGAUUUGGGAGAUGAUGCUGAUUCUGAGGUCUCAGAUACAGAUGAGGAACAAGAUGUGAGAGUAAAUGGCCAGCUUGGUGCAGAAACAUUAACAAACUCAAGCACCUUUCAUAAACAUUUGGGAUACAAAUUCUCCAACGAUGAGGCUAACAAGUUGUUGGACAAAAAGUGGAAAUACAAAUGGAAUUCUGAAGAAUCAAAUUGCAAGUGGAAGGGUACUGGUGAAUGCUUUCUCAAGGAACUAGACAUGAAUUCAUGUCAUGGUCUCAAACCAGUAUUGUAUAAACAUUGGUUGGACACUUAUAAGGAGUCUGGUGGCCAAGAUUUUCAUUCAUCCAGGCAGAUGUCGUUCUUCUCCAUGUGCAACAGCUAUCGAGAUAUAUUGCAUCAUAACAAGAGGCCAUUCUAUCUUAAAGGUCGAGAAGAGGAUGCUAACAUCAUGGAUGCUUAUCUUGUGCACUCGCUCAAUCAUGUAUUCAUGACUAGGGAUCUUGUGAAGAAGAACAGAGCAAAACUGGCUAAGGCACAAGAGAACAUGCAAGUGGAUGUUUUGAACAGUGAAGCCUUUCUUGACCAUGGUUUUACUCGUCCUAAGGUUUUGAUUCUUCUACCACUUGCAAGCAUUGCACUUCGGGUAGUUCGUAGGUUGAUCGAGUUAACACCUUCAAAGUACAAGGCUAACAUAGAGGAGCGUGAUCGGUUUUUUCGAGAGUUCGAAAGUGAAGCAACCACUGAUGAGUAUGAAAAUAUGAAAACUCCUAAACCAUCUGAUUAUAAAGCACUGUUUGGAGGGAAAAACAACGACCACUUCAUGCUUGGGAUAAAGUUUAACAGGAGGAGUAUACGAUUGUACAGUGAUUUCUAUUCUUCGGAUAUGAUUAUUGCAUCUCCUCUUGGUCUAGUCACGAAAAUUGGGGAGGCUGAAGCAGUUAAAGAAAAAGAUGUUGAUUAUCUUUCUUCUAUAGAGGUUCUAAUAAUAGAUCAUGCAGAUGUAAUGUUAAUGCAGAAUUGGUUCCAUGUGGUUGAAGUACUUGAGAAACUUAAUAAUAUACCUUCUAAGCAGCGUGGAACAGAUAUUAUGCGCAUAAGGCAAUGGUACUUAGAUGGACAGGCACCACUCUACAGACAAACAAUGAUUUUAAGCUCACAUGUAAACCAAGACAUCAAUGCUUUAUUCAACCGUCAUUGCCUCAACUAUGAGGGAAAGGUUAAAUCGGUCUGCAUGUAUAAGGGUGUUCUUCCUGAAAUAGUGAUUCAAGUCCGCCAGGUUUAUCAACGUUUUGAUGCCAAGACAAUAGUUGAUGCAGCUAAUGAUCGUUUUGAAUAUUUCACUAAAAAGCUAUUUCCUAAGAUAAAAGAUUCAAUUGAGGGUGGCAUCAUGAUAUUCAUCAGUUCUUACUUCGACUAUUUCAGAGUUAAAAAAUUCCUGAAGGCGCAAGAGGCGUCAUUCUGUAAGCUGGGAGAGUAUACCAAGCAGAGUGACAUCUCUCGUGCCCGAAACUGGUUUUUUGCCGGACAGAAAAGCAUCAUGCUCUACACCGAGAGAGCUCACUUCUAUCACAGAUACAAGAUCCGUGGUGUUCGUAACUUGAUCAUAUAUUCACUUCCCGAGAGGAAGGAGUUUUAUCCCGAGAUUGUUAAUAUGCUACAAGGCACAGAUUGCACAGCUUUAUAUUCUCGUUUCGACCUGAUUCAGCUUGAAAGAAUUGUCGGUUCUACUGCUGCAAAACGGAUGGUCACUUCAGAUGAGGGUACAUUCAUCUUUGCAUGAUGCUAUGUGCUCAUAUUACUCAAAACUCCUAGGAAGAUGAGUCUGCACGGGCAUUCAUUUAUUUUUACCAAUAUUUUAACGCAUGUCUUGCGCUGAUUGAUCAUUUAAUUUAUUUUCGUAUCAUGCUCAUACAAGCUAAAGUUUUGAUAGUUUGAUCACAACAUAUUAGUCAAAUGUGAGAUGUUAAUUUUAUUAGACUACUACGUGAACCAUAAUAAUCAGUGCAAAAGUUGUUCACAAUAAUCAGUGCAAAAGUACUUGGCUGAUUGUUCUCAUCUCAACAUAUGCAUCAACCCAUAUGGAUGAGUUGCUCUAGCAAG